UGUGGCAGCACCCAUAUGUGAAUGUUUUCAAACACUUCAACCUUGCAUCAUGGAAAAAGUCAACAAAAGAAGGCGAAGUAGCAGGAGUAAUGGACAAAGCUGUGAAAUGUACUGUGUACAAGGUGACAGGUUCAAUCCCUGCUGGGAAUUAUAUCCAGCUCCCAAAGGCCCAGACCCAAUCACUGGGUUUAACUGGACGUUACCUGUACCUCCUGUUCAAGCCAAUCCCCACCAAAUACUUUGUUGUCCACAUAGACCUAGCCACUCAGGACAACCUGAUCGUGAGAGUGUCAUUCUCUAACCUGUUUAAGGAGUUCAAGUCAACUUCCACAUGGCUUCAGUUCCCAUUUCUUUGUAAUGCUUCCAAAGGAUCUGUCCAUGCAUUUGCUGCAAUGGGUGGGAAAG